ACAAAAUCUCGAAUCGUACAAACAAAAAGUCUGGGCUACCGCCUCGGUGUAAUCUGAUAUUUAUUAAGAAGACACCGCGAACCAGUCUAAUUGCGCACGACUAAACUGAGUGAAAGUUUCUGACGCCGUUAUUUCAUUUCAUUUAUCCACCAAAUCUCCUCUGUAACGUCGACAUUCAACUGAAAAAGGACAGGGGGAAGAUUUUCCCCUCAUCAUCGGUGCAUCACCAUGUAUCCACAGGGUCCGCCUCCUCCAUAUAACCCAAAUCACCCCGAGUACUCCCAGCACAUGCAGCCGUAUCACCAACACGACUAUCCACCACCAGCGACUCAGCCGCCAGCGCAGCAGCAGCUUGGGCCUGUGGGCUACCCGGGACAGCUGGGCCCCAAACCCGGUCACGGUGGACGGAGCAGGACCGGUGAUCCCAGCCGGGCACAACCAAAUAAGGGUCAAGGGCAAAGGAGAAGCCAACCACCCCCGAAACAGCAGCAGAGGCAAGCACAGCCCAAGCAAAGAGCCCGCCCGGCCGUCAAAGACUAUUCCGAAAUCAGUCUCUUCAUCAAGUACUUCUUGUUUUUUGCCAACUUCUUCUUUUGGCUUGCCGGAUGUGGUUGUAUCGCUGUCGGUAUCUGGGCCUGGAAUGAUAGGGGGGCGUUCGGAGAUCUGGAUGUAUUCCUGUCAUCCUCGCCUCUCGUCGAUCCCGUCUUGUGGUUCAUGGUCGUGGGCGGGAUUAUCUUCGUCCUUGCCACCUUUGGCUGCAUAGGAGCUCUCAGGGAGAACAUCGUUUUACUCAAAAUCUAUAGCGGUCUGCUGGGCUUGAUCUUACUGCUUGAAAUUGGUGGAGGCGUGGCUAUCUACUUCUACAGAGCUGAGAUCGAAGAGAGGAUAGCCGGCUUUUUGACAGACGUUGCCGUCAAAAACUACCGAUCCAACGAAGACUUGCAGGACAUCAUAGAUGCAUUGCAGUCAGGGCUUUCUUGUUGCGGAGUGAAAGACUACAAUGAUUGGAACAUGAACAUUUACUUCAACUGCUCCGAGGCGAUUGUGGGUCAGAACACGAACCCAGAGGCGUGCGGCGUGCCCUUCUCCUGCUGCAUGGAGGAUCCCGCGAGCGGAGUGGUGAACACGCAGUGCGGCUACAAUGUACGGAAGCCCGAUAGGACGGUGAGUGAGAGGUCUCACAUCUACUCAUCGGGUUGCCUGAAUGCCUUUAAAGGCUGGCUACAGACCAACCUGGUAGUGGUAGCGAUCGCCGCCGGGGUUAUUGUACUAGUUGAGGUCUUUGGGUUCUGCUUUUCCACGUCCUUAGUGAGCGACAUCAAGCGCCAGAAAGCCAGAUGGCGACACUGAACACCAGAGGGCGCCAGACACACUCGCACAGGUCCCUCGCGCACGUGACACCACUCACCUCCAGCACCAAUGAUGGUUUCUAGUGACCAUAAUUUGUCAGGUCUCAUGAUGUAAAGUACUUUUGUAUUUCAGUUAUGCCAGUUUACUCUGAAGGUGGACCUUCCGUGAGUAAUUUAAUCAUUCCAAAAAGAUUUGACCUAGGUCUUUGGAACAGUGGGCACUGUUUUUUAGACAAGCAACAGUACGCUGCAUUUCAAGAGGCCACGCCCCAUAAGCCGGUUGUCACACCUCCUUCCCAAUGCCACACCCACUAGACACUGCUUGAAUCGCACAAAUAAGCAUUCAUCUGGUCCAAUCCUUGUGCACGAAUUAUUGCCACCAAACGUUGAGGUGAAUUUUAAGUUCUAUUUUUUUUCGCAUUACAAAUAUAUUAAAAUGUGCAUAUAUGCGUUUUUCUUUUAUGUUUGAAAAGGUCUCAUUAGACGGACGCUCAAAAUAAGUACAGUUUUGCCAUUACAAUUAGGGUAAGCUAAUGUGUGUAUUCAGAACUAAAGUUGAUUUGAAGUCAUUAUAUUAACACUUUAUUUUUCCUCCAUUCUUCAGUCAAUUGUUGUGAAUGAAGCAUCUAGAAGAUGGUAUAUUUUACGUAUUUGUCAGUAGAGGUUUAUUUCCUAUGCAUCAUACUCAGCAUUUUCCUUUUUGACUGACUUUAUUCCGAACAUUACUCAGAUUGUAUUGUAGCUGACGAUAUUUGUUGAAUUUCCAGUAAAAUGUUUCCACAGUGAACUACCCAUCAGCUCAACAUGUUGACAAAAGCUGCAUUUCUUGUCCAGUACAUUUUUUUGUACACAAGAGACUAAAAUCAAUCAUUUGACGAACGUAGUGGGCCAAGAGAAGUGACCAGGUUGUCGACCAUUGGUUGAUUUUGCUUGAUAGCCCAUGGAUAACGAACAUCUAGUGAUCAACCAAUGGUGGCUUAUCAAACAUGUCCAAGCUGUCUGCUUAAAAUGUUCCAUGCACAUGCGGCCAAAGUGCCCGGUAUGUAAGGUCAGUCAUGUUUUCUUGUACAUGUAUGUUCAAGGUCCAAAUGUAAGCACAACAUCCCCCCCCUCCAAUGAUGAAUGGUUUGGACCAUCUAGUCAACCAUUUGAAACCAGGCUUGAAGGGCUUGGUUUGCACCACUGGAUAUCCGUAGGGGAUUUCAUUUAUCAGUUGAGGGAAGCAUUCACAUGAAAAUAGUUGUCCAAGACCGAGACUUCAUUGACUGUGUGCACCACGAGAUUGGCAGAGAACAGUAAAGAGGGAUUGAUGACGAGGUUUGGACAAAAAAGAUCAACAAGGAACAUCUGAGCAUAACCGUACUUCACAUGUGCAUGGUUGAAAAGCAGUUGACUCGUGGUCAACCGUAGUUCACAUCCAAUCUUGCCCUCUGUCUACUUGAGAUAACGUUAGUCACGUUGACUUGUUUUGUCAUGUGUAACGCAUUCAGGUUCCCUACCUGUGCCUUCUUUUGUAUGCAAGACUUGGGCAGUUUGUAAGAAACUUCAUGUAUAUAUGUAAGACGCACAAGUCCUGCAGCCCUUCCUCAAGAUGUUUUGUAGUAACAGUAUUUGCCUGUUCAUGUUGUUGGUGAAUCCAAAUAUUGUAGCCGCCAAAAAAGGGGAAGGGAGAACUACUCUGGACUUUUUGCACCCAACACUGCACCACUCUAAGCAUGGGAAAAUUCACCAUCGAAUCUAAAAAAAGAGGAGAAAAUUAUGCUUUAUUUCCAAUGAUCCCUUUACUUAAUUUUACCGCACUCAAUAUUCUUAUUAUUGUACCGUAAAUCAUAGAUUGACAUGUUGUGAUGAUUUGAUUAUGCUAAGUUGAGCUUGUUGGAAACAGUAGGAAUGCAUACUAGUUACACGUAGCUCCUAAACAAGCCUUAAUUGGCAUGUCCCUGCAGUGCGUAAUGUGAACGUGAGGCCCACAGAAUGUUUGGUGGGCGAGAAAGUCUUUUGAAGUAACGGGGAGAAACUGUGAUUAAUCUGCCCCUUAUUCAAGUUCAAGUCAGCGUGUAAUCACUUUACGGGUGAUACAUCUGUUGAUUGUGGCAUUUUUAGGGGGGAAAAAAUGAGUGGGGAAAAUUGUUCUCUGUUUAGAUUGUGAAUGAAAUGACUGCAAUGCCAGAGUUAAUGAGCAAGGUCAAGGAAGGCGACAAGAAUUCCUUGAAUACACUUUGUAAUUUUCUCCUGCUUGACACCAUUUGGCCAGAGGCUGGAUAAAUGUCCUUUUUGCAUUGAAGUUUUCACAAUUCAUCUGACUGGAUAUACCACAUAUCCCAUGUCAAUUUUGUAAGUCCAUUUGAGUGUGCUUGACGAUUGUAUCUUUUCUUCACUGUGUUGUUUGUUUGCAGUGUAACAGGUUGUUUGUGCUUGUUUACGUGUAGGUAACAUUUCAGACCAAGUUCUUUCAGAAGGGAGAAAUCAACCCCCCCUUCUGUUAGCCCCUCCCCUCUCGUGCUGUGCUUACUGAGUGUAAUAGGCCUAGAACAUAAUAACGGGACAUUUUUGUUUACAUGUGAGGGGAAACGUGAUCCACUGAAUCCCUGGGGGAAAGUGCACAUGUUUGAGGUCUAUUUGUGGAAGAAAGUUUAAAUUCCCCCUCCCCCCAAGUUGACAUUUUGCCUGCUUGUUGAAUAUUUUCCUCAGUCUGGUUACAGACACUUGUCCAUUUUUAAAUCAGAAGAAAAGAAACAUAUCAGUGCGCUUUGCAUUUUAAGGGUUUGUUCUUCAGGGUUUGUUCGUACAUCAAGCAUCGUUUGGUCCAUUUCUUUUGAGAUGUUUAGCAAAUAUGAAUUCUGAAAGUGUAUAAAUGUGUAAGAGUCAUAGUUAUAUUCUGUACUUUGUAUUUUAGAACUUUGUGUUAUAUUUGUAUAGCUGUAAAUAUGAUGUAAUGGGCUUUCUGCAACUGCUGGGGUUGCGAAAUCAUCUUUUUUAGUAGGUUUGAAAAGGGUUAAAGGUCAAAGGUUCAAAAGUUGACCAACCAGAUUUGCAUAAGCACUGGGCUGAUGUAUACAGAGCCUCUAAAGAAAGAAAUUUGUCCGUUGCAGGAACUGUUUGUUCUGCAAAUAUGGAUUUUCUCCAUUAACCAUCUUGCACUGCGUGUAAGUGGAUGUCAGAUGUCCUGCUGCUGAAGACAUGAAUAUGCUUUGCCAUGUUAUACAUGUGCUUUGCAAGUCAAUCAUGUGUGGUCUGGGAACAGAUUCCUUGCUUGGCGGAAGCAAACAGUUCGUGCAACAUCUUGCUGCAGGUGCCAUUCCAACCAGCACAAACCUGUGGUAAGACCUGUACAUUGAUUUGGGCCACCGUGACAGCCUGUGCUGAAACGGUCGAUAGUCAACUGUAGCCCACUUAUGAAAACUAUGGCACGGUCAAUAGUCAUGGAGCUGAAGUGUCACAUGUUGUCUUAAGUUUUACUAUUUACAAUCCAGCUGUGAAAUAGUUCAACCUCCUCUGAAUAUAGAUCUUUAGCAAACAUCAUAAUGGUAACUUCCAAAGCUGAAUUUGUUACUCUUUUAAAAUUUUUUGAAUUUUAAGGAUAUCUUUUUUGAAAUACAUUGUAACAAAACAAAGGUUUACGGAAUGUAAGACAGGAAAAUAGUAGCAACUGAGCAUUUUUCAUCAAAUUGUCACAUUUAAAUGCCAAAGUAGAAUGUAUUUUAUUGUUUGUAGAUUUCAUGAAUGUGGGCUCUGGCACAGAACUUUUGGUGUUUUCAUUGUAACCAGGCAUUUUAUGAGUGGACAAAUAGUUUUUUGUGAAUUUUCUCAACUAAAGGAACCAUAGAGUAGGAAUUACAUAGGCAUUAUGCAGUGAUCUUAAAUUUCGUAACUGCACAACCGUCUCUGGGCAACAUGAGAGUAGUGAAUCAUAAACAAGGUUUUUUUUUUUAACUAAGUAAUGCACAAAAUGGAAAAAAUAUGUGUAAAUAAAGACAGCAGCAAACACAGUUGA